AUGCGAGCCAACACGCACAAGCGCAAGCGAACCACCGCCAAUUCAACCAACCCAGAUGAGCUCGAAUUCGAUCCCGACCAAGAGUACAAUUGCGAGAUUAUCAACGAGACCACCAAGUCCUUCACCCUACGCUGGACCGACCGCGACGCGAGGGGCAAGCUGAUUUGGCCCAAGACGACCACAUCACCGAAGGACCUCGUGAAUGAGGCAGCUCUCAAGGAUUGGGAGGCUAGGAAAAGACAGCGACAGGAUAUUGAAGACCAGCGCGCUCGCGACAGACGGCAGCGCGAGGAGACGGAAGAGCACCGGCGGAAUACAAUGCUCGCAGUUUUCAAGGAUACCGAGGAGCAGAUCCAGAGCGCGAAGAGAAGGGAAGCUGCAGCACGCCGUGCGAAGCGCGGGAGUCGUGAAACAGCGCAGGCACAACAGGCCCGCCGGGACAGCGAGUCGGAGGAGCCGCAAGCUGAGCAGGCGGAGAACAUCGCACACAGCGCUGCCGAUGACACGGGUAUCGAAGAGGACCCGGCGGAUGACACCAUGUCCAGCGACGAGGGCAUCGUGGUCGCAACUCCCAGAAAAUGA